AUGCAUGACGAGUUCUUCCACAGCUCCCAGGCUGACACUGGUUCCACCACCCCCUCAAUAGCACACAGGCUGGAGACGAAGCCUUCACACUUGGCCUUUGGGGACAUGCAAAGGGCAGCCCCCAAGAGCCUGCCCAGGGACACAGGCUUCUGCGGCAGCGCUGGAGGAAGCAGCCACUCUCACGGCCCUGACACCACGUUCCCGUGGCAGCCUCAGCCUGCAGCGUCUCCACAGACGCCUGGCCCGGGUCUGUGCUGUGUUGCUGCUGUCACCGCCAACUGCUCUGUCACCGUGGGACGCAUUUCCUCGAAGUCUUACCUCGAAGGGCUGGGUCCCACCCGCGCGCUCUGUGUGUGCCCCGCGAGUGUCCCCCACACCCUCCUCAACCGACGAAAGACUGGCGCGGGGCUCGCCCUUCGCCAGAGCUCCGGGAAAACCCUGGGAGCCGCCCCGGCGCCGCGCGUUUCCCGGAAACCCCCUCUCCAGGCGCGCUGCGGGAACGCACAGCUCCGCAUCCACGAGCGCCACGCCUCCCGGAGGGCUGGGGACCCGGGCAGGGAGGAGCCGAGCUGCGGGGAUGCGGGAGCCCCGAGCUCGGAGCGGGAGCCUAAGGGACCCAGCCCCCCAUCUGGAGCCUCGGCCUCCCGCGAGCAGCCCGUGGCGGACACCGCGAUCAAAGUGGAGGGAGGCGCGGCCGCCAGCGAUCAGAUCCUCCCGGAGGCGGAGGUACGUCUGGGCCAGGCCGGCUUCAUGCAGCGCCAAUUCGGGGCCAUGCUCCAGCCCGGGGUCAACAAAUUCUCACUAAGGAUGUUCGGCAGCCAGAAAGCCGUGGAGCGUGAGCAGGAGAGGGUGAAGUCCGCCGGGUUCUGGAUUAUUCAUCCCUACAGCGACUUCAGAUUUUACUGGGACCUGACCAUGCUGCUGCUGAUGGUGGGAAACCUGAUCAUCAUCCCUGUGGGCAUCACCUUCUUCAAGGAUGAGAACACCACACCCUGGAUCGUCUUCAAUGUGGUAUCAGAUACUUUCUUCCUCAUCGACUUGGUCCUCAACUUCCGCACAGGGAUAGUGGUUGAGGACAACACAGAGAUCAUCCUGGACCCACAGCGGAUUAAAAUGAAGUACCUGAAAAGCUGGUUUGUGGUGGACUUCAUCUCCUCCAUCCCCGUGGACUACAUCUUCCUCAUUGUGGAGACGCGCAUCGACUCAGAGGUUUACAAGACUGCCCGGGCCCUGCGCAUUGUCCGCUUUACCAAGAUCCUCAGCCUCCUGCGCCUCCUGCGUCUCUCCCGCCUCAUUCGAUAUAUUCACCAGUGGGAAGAGAUCUUCCACAUGACCUACGACCUGGCUAGUGCCGUGGUGCGCAUCGUGAACCUCAUCGGCAUGAUGCUCCUGCUCUGCCACUGGGACGGCUGCCUGCAGUUCCUGGUGCCCAUGCUGCAGGACUUCCCCAGUGACUGCUGGGUGUCCCUCAAUGAAAUGGUGAACAACUCCUGGGGGAAGCAGUACUCCUACGCCCUCUUCAAGGCCAUGAGCCACAUGCUGUGCAUUGGAUAUGGGAAGCAGGCGCCCGUGGGCAUGUCUGACGUCUGGCUCACCAUGCUCAGCAUGAUUGUGGGUGCCACCUGCUAUGCCAUGUUCAUCGGCCAUGCCACCGCCCUCAUACAGUCCCUGGACUCCUCCCGCCGCCAGUACCAGGAGAAGUAUAAGCAGGUGGAGCAGUACAUGUCCUUCCACAAGCUCCCGCCUGACACCCGGCAGCGCAUCCACGACUACUAUGAGCACCGCUACCAGGGCAAGAUGUUUGACGAGGAGAGCAUUCUGGGUGAAUUGAGUGAGCCACUGCGGGAGGAGAUCAUCAACUUUAACUGCCGGAAGCUGGUGGCUUCCAUGCCGCUGUUUGCCAAUGCGGACCCCAACUUUGUGACAUCCAUGCUGACCAAGCUACGCUUCGAGGUCUUCCAGCCCGGGGACUACAUCAUCCGUGAAGGCACCAUCGGCAAGAAGAUGUACUUCAUCCAGCACGGCGUGGUCAGCGUGCUCACCAAGGGCAACAAAGAGACUAAGCUGGCUGAUGGCUCCUAUUUUGGAGAGAUCUGCCUGCUGACCCGGGGCCGGCGCACGGCCAGUGUGAGGGCCGACACUUACUGCCGCUUGUACUCACUGAGUGUGGACAACUUUAAUGAGGUGCUGGAGGAGUACCCCAUGAUGCGGCGGGCCUUUGAGACGGUGGCGCUGGACCGCCUGGACCGCAUUGGCAAGAAGAACUCCAUUCUUCUCCACAAAGUCCAGCAUGACCUCAACUCAGGAGUCUUCAAUUACCAGGAGAAUGAGAUAAUCCAGCAGAUUGUGCAGCACGACCGUGAGAUGGCCCACUGUGCACACCGAGUCCAAGCUGCCGGCUCUGCCACCCCAACCCCCACGCCCGUCAUCUGGACUCCACUGAUCCAGGCACCGCUGCAGGCCGCUGCAGCCACCACAUCUGUGGCCAUCGCCCUCACCCACCACCCUCGCCUGCCUGCUGCCAUCUUCCGCCCUCCACCAGGACCUGGGCUAGGCAACCUCGGGGCUGGGCAGACACCCAGGCAUCUGAAGAGGCUGCAGUCCCUGAUCCCGUCGGCACUGGGCUCUGCCUCACCCGCCAGCAGCCCGUCCCAGGUGGACACACCAUCCUCCUCCUCCUUCCACAUCCAGCAGCUGGCGGGAUUCUCUGCACCCGCUGGACUGAGCCCCCUCCUGCCACCCUCCAGCUCUUCCCCGCCACCCAGGGCCUGUGGCUCCCCACCAGCCCCCACACCAUCCUCCGCUGCAGCUGCCACCACCAUGGCUGGGUUUGGCCACUUCCACAAGGCGCUGGGUGGCUCCCUGUCCUCCUCUGACUCCCCUCUGCUUACCCCACUGCAGCCAGGUGCCCGCUCCCCACAGGCUGCCCAGCUGCCACCCCCGCUGCCAGGUGCCCGGGGAGGCCUGGGACUCCUGGAGCACUUCCUGCCACCCCCACCCUCAUCCAGGUCCCCAUCAUCUAGCCCUGGGCAGCUGGGCCAGCCUCCUGGGGAGUUGUCCCCAGGGCUGGCCACCGGCCUACCAAGUACACCAGAAACACCCCCACGGCAGCCUGAGCGACCGUCCUUCAUGUCGGGGGCUUCUGGGGGGGCUUCCCCAGUAGCCUUUACCCCUCGAGGAGGCCUCAGUCCCCCUGGCCACAGCCCAGGCCCCCCAAGAACUUUCCCAAGUGCCCCACCCCGGGCCUCUGGCUCCCAUGGCUCCUUGCUCCUGCCACCUGCGUCCAGCCCCCCACCCCCCCAGGUCCCACACCUGAGCGACCGUCCUUCAUGUCGGGGGCUUCUGGGGGGGCUUCCCCAGUAG